CCCGAACACAAAGAUACGUUCGUUUUAAGUUUCCACCUAAGUUAGAAUUUAUUAAAAGGGAAAAUUAUGGACCAAACCGCAGGGUGGGGCAGCGAUUUUGAGCCAAACCGCCCCGUAACCAUGCAGUUUACAUUGAAAACCAUGCCUCCACCAGUCGAUUUUCGAGAAAUAGUGGUCUUUAUGGAAAAUUUCGGAAAUGAGUAGUAUUUUUAAAGGGUAAAUUGCAAUGAUGGUCACUGAAAGUAUUAAAAAAUUCAUGUUUGGUCACUAAAAGUAUUUUAUUUCGUUAAUGGUCACUAGAAGUGGUUAAACGUUCAUGUUCAGUUAUUCCUCCUCUACAUCCUCUCGUCUUGACCUGCAAACCCUUGACGCCGUUGACUUGGCUGAGAACAGUGAUGCAAGUGGCGUCGGAGUGUGGGGUGAAUCCCAGCACCAGCUCCGGUUGCAAGCAUGGAGAAUAUUAUAUGAUCUCCACCAACACAACCCAUCCUUCAUCUUUAUCGCAAUCUCUGUUUCCUUCAUCUCCUGUGCCUCUUCUUUCGCCCCGAGGGAGAAAGCAGAGUUGUUGGAUUGACUCAAUUUUUAGGUCAGGCGAGUCAAAAAAGAAGGUUGAGUUAUGGUUUGGGCUUCGGUUAGGAUUUUUGAACAGGCGGGUAGGGGGUUUCAUUUUAUGAUGAUGUGGCAGGUUAAAUUUGGCUGAUUAGGCACUUCUGUUAGCCACGUCAGCAAAAUAUUGACGGUGUUAACGAAGUCUGACGGAGACUAACGGAGAGUGACGAAACGUGAAAUGUUUAUCCACUUUCAGUGACCAUGAAUGAAAUAAAAUACUUUUAGUGACCAAAUAUUAACUUUUUGGCACUCUCAAUGACUAACCUUGCAAUUUACCUUUUUUCUCUUUUUAUUGGUAUUUCUGUACGAAAUCCUUAAUUGUCUAGCGAAAUAUUUCAAAAUGGGCUUUGGGCCUUGUUGGGGAAAGUCAAUGGCCCACGAAAUGGCGCGCUAUCAGUUUUCCGUUAAUCGUCCUUUCUUUCCCAGAUACCGCGCUAGCGCCUACCACAACAACAGCUGGCCGUUAAUGCCGAAGUAAUGUAAAAGAAAGGUCGCAAGUCGGAACGGAGUCCGACAAGAAAAAAAAAAAAAAAAAAAAUCGAUCACCGUUUCUAUCUUCGUCGCUUCAAAAAUCAAUGGAAUCCCCGAUUCUCAAUUCAAUUAUUCAGUCGGCAAACUCUCACUUUCCUCCCCCAAUUCUCCUCUUCCACUUCCCAUCGAUUUCCCGAGAAAGAAACAACGCCGACCUCCGCAAUCCACAUCCCAAGUCCCGCGCCACUCUCCUCCGAUUCCCAACCUUCGCUCCGAUUCGAGCAGCAUCUUCGAACUCUGCACAGCUCAAUUUCCGCGGUUGGGACGACGAUUUCCUUAAACCCACCGGCGACGACUGGGAGGCGGCGAACACGGGCGAGUCAUCAUUUCGGCUCCGCGAUUUCGUAGUAUCUAUCGGAAUCAACGAUAAGAGGUAUGCCUUCACUUUCCUGCUCGGAGCCGUCUUCGCUUUUGCGAUCUCCAGGGUCAGAGUUUCGUAUAUCGCCUUGGUUCCAGCUUCCGCUGUGGUUUUCGCAGUUGGGUUUUCUUUCGGGUUUGUACGCAGCGGUACUGGUCUCAGUUUGUUUAGUGCCAAUACAGUUAAGAGAAAGGCGAACGAAGCCUCUUCUAGGUUAUCUAGCGAUAGGGUAAAUGCCGCCGUGGCCGAGUUUCUGAACGAGUUUGGGGUUAAAGUCAGUGAACUGAAGGACAGUCUGCUUAGAGCAAUUGACAGUAGAGAGAUUAAGAUGGACGAUUUAGAACAUUAUGUUCAUGUCAUAGAAGCAAUGGAGACAUCUGCUUUGAAUACUAGACGUUCUAUUGAGGCAACUGCCGAUAGCAUCGAGAACCCUAAACCGGUAAGCAGGAAAAGAAGACAGAUUGGUGAGGUUGGCUCUGAGUUGGUACAAUCUCUUGUUUCCAGAAUGUUUCAACCCAAAAGAAAGGUGGUUAGUCGUCCAAAAACUAAUAAGGUGAAAGAGAAUGACAAUGUUGAACCAGUAGCUACUGUCAGUUUGUCAAGCGAUCCGAUUCUGGAGAUUGAAGAAGGUGGUGACAAGGAUGUUAUUGAUUCCAAGGGUAGUCCUGGUUCUGUUUCUUCUCAAGGUUUUCCCAGUAAGUUAGCUUUGGACUGGGAUGGGGACAGAAGGAUUAGAAUAGUUUCAGAUCAUAUGCAAGAACGUGUGGAUGCAGAAGCUUCUUCUGCAGGAGACCCGAGUUUCCUGGACUCUGAUGGAGCUUACAGUUCUUACAGCACGAAGACAAAUCAUGGUCAAACAUAUAGUUCUAGUAGUUACAUGGAAGAUAGCAGAAGAUCAAAUGAAGAUUUGCACUUGAUGGAUCGCCAGGAUGUUCCGUGGAGUGAAGCAGGCUCUUCUUCUCCUUCUUCUUCUUACUCUUCUUCAGCAGUUUCAGAUGAUGUGGCGUUCAACAGGUAUCUUACGGAGGCUAACAGCCUUCUGAAAGAGGCUAAGGAGUGCAUAAGAGGGAGACAGGAAGAAGAGCAUGCAGAGGUGUUGUUAUACAAAUCUGCUAAGUUACUGACCAAGUCUGUAGCUUUGAAGCCAAUGAGUUUAUUAGCCGUUGGCCAACUGGGAAAUACAUAUCUCCUUCAUGGUGAGCUAAAGCUGAAAAUCAGUCGCGAGUUAAGAGCUACACUCUCGACAUGGGGGCCAUUGUCUUUCGAGAAUCAGGGUUCGGUUAGUGUGGGCCCUAAUGAAUUGAAAAGGAAAGAUAAGCUCGUGGAAAUCCUCACUAAUGUGUGCGAAGAGUGUGAAGAACUUCUUGUGGAGGCAGGCAGAAAAUACAGAACGGCAUUAUCUAUUGAUGGGAAUGAUAUGAGAGCUCUGUAUAACUGGGGGCUUGCUCUAACAUUCCGUGCACAGUUAAUUGCAGACAUUGGACCUGAAGCUGCCUUUGAUGCUGACAAGCUGUUUCUGGCUGCAACUGAUAAAUUUGAUGCUAUGAUGUCCAAAAGCAAUGUCCAUGCACCAGAUGCCUUGUUUAGAUGGGGUUUGGUGCUGCAGCAAAGAUCUCGGCUAAGGCCAGCAAACAGUAAAGAGAAGGUGAAGCUGUUGCAACAGGCGAAAAGGCUGUAUGAAGAUGCACUGCGUAUGGACUCCGACAAUGUCCAAGUACGAGAGGCACUGUCCACUUGCAUGUCUGACCUGAACCGCAGGUUGUUUAGAUCGUUUUGAUGGCCGCCAUUUUGGCUUUCAGCUCUCAACAGAACGCCUAUACUGCAUAUUUUUUUGUGGUUGGUAUCUUUCCGGUCAGUUCUCUAUUCGUCUCUCUGCCUCUCUAGAUGUUCAAUUUCACGGCCCCCUGAUGCAGUCUGCAUGUAGAAAGAAGAGUAUGUGUGGAGUGUUGAAACGAAUAAAAGGUUGGGAUACCACAAUUAGGGUCUUAGCUUGAUACCUUAUAUGACCGAUAAGGUGUCAUUCUUUCUUGUCUCGUCGAAAUUCCAAUGGUUCUAAAAAUCCCUACUAAGGUAUCUUGCCCUAGUUGUGGAUGGGAAGCAUUUUUCAGCUGUGAGACCAACAGCUAGGGUCUUAGCUUGAUAAGGUGAUAUGGCCAAUAAGAAGGUUCAAGUUCCCUGUUUCGUCAAAAUUCCAUCUGUAGAUUUCCCUCAUUCAUGUGACUUAUGCUAUUGCUGUGGUUGUGCCACCGUUGCCCAUUUAAUCGAAGGCAGCUGCACUUUACGGACUCUAUGUAUCGUUUGGUUUUGAUGAUAGUUAAAUUGAUGCAUUGUUAUCAAUGCAUGCAUAAUAAUAUACAUAUAUGUACGAGAAUUGGUGUAUUGUAGUUUACAUCGUUUGGUUUUUAUGAUAGUUAUUGUAGUAUUUAAAUAAGUUAUAUUCCUUUUGGAUGAAAUGUUACUUCUAUCUUUUGUUUAAAAGCAAACGCAUAAUAAAGGUAGAGACAUAAUUGGAAGAAGAAAAAAACUCAACAAUCUCAACAAGAAGUCUCUCUUUGCUAUUUAGCUUGUCGAGCUGGAGCAGGUUAUAUAUAUUUUUUCUUAUGAGUGUUAUAUCCUGUUAGUCUUAACUCUAAUUUAUAAUCUUUUCUAUUUGAAACUCAUAUUAACUAUAUUCGACAAAAUAACAUCUAGUUUCAUAUAUUUUGAAAGAAAGAAAAAACCCAUGAAUUAAUCUCUUUCUGUUGUAGUAUAUCAUGCUGAUACGUAUGAACAUACUGACCACCAUUCACUCUCAUAUUGUGAGUUGAGAGCAAGCUUUGCUUGUUGACUGUAACAAGAUUAUGCAACAACUCAAGCACAAUUUGGAGCUAUCCAAAUUCAGAUGAACACCAUGUUGACGGCGAGGCACUAAGAUCUCGAAUUCCAGGUUGGUGAAUGGUGACUACGAUCUUCCUCAAACUCCAACCUUAACGUCAGCAUUCUGCCUUCAAGCACGCCUCUCAGAAGCUUGAGGUAGAUUUUCAACUAAGUUUCUCAAACUGGGUGGCUGUAAAAAAUUGACUAAUUGAGAACCAUAAGGAGUUGCAGAUAAUGCAGUUAAAAUCGCGUUUUAAAACUUAAAAACUUAUGGUUUUACGUUUCUAGAUCACCAAAACGCUUUCGUUUCCACAUAAAAACCUUUGUUUACAAAAUUGGACUAAAUUGCGUUUUAAAGUUUAAAAACUUACGCUUUUACGCUUCUAGUUCACUAAAACGCUUUAUGCUAUGACGCUUUUAAUUCACUAAAUGAGUAUUCUUUUCAUGGCAUUAAUUAUAAAAAGUAUAUUUUAAUGGUAAAUUACCAACAAUAUGAUCAUUUGAAGAUUAAAAGAUACAUACUGGGGUACUUGGAUCCAUUCUCGGUUUCAAUAGAGUAAUCUAUUUCACCAGCUAGGCUCUUCCCAAAUUUAUUAGCGUAAAGGGGGAUGUGGCUUAUUGUUAUGAUUUAUGUUUAUGAACUUAUUAUUAAGAGGUUAUAAGUUGUUCUACUAUAGGCAUGAAUUGCAGGUACUUAUUAACUUUUUUAAAAUUCUGUGCACUCAUAUUUUACAUAGUAAAUGUCGUGCUCAAUG